ACGCGGCCUACUCGCUCCUGAGUUACACGCGUGUUUUCUGUAAUUGCCGGGAAAUCUGGGCACAGGAACCAUGGAAGUGUAGCACUGAGCUAAGGCACGACCCCAGCAUGGCCGCCAUCACUGGAACUGCUGCGCUGAAUGAACAGCUCAGAUCUCUCUGCCUCGGUUCCUUCCCAUGUGGCACAAAAGGGAGUCGGAACAAGUCCAGUUUGGAAUCUGGUAAAAGUUUAUAUUCAGACACCUACUGGGAAAAUGAAGAUCCAGAAGAAGAGACUUUGGAUAUGCUGCAAGAACUCCUAACCUGCAGCAGGUCCCCAUGGGGGCUAGAGGAUAGCUGGAGCUGUGAGGCACAACAGCUUAGGCAGCUAGCAGUGCAAUCUCCUGAACUCAUUACCAACCAGCUAAUCUAUUCUCACUUCCGAUCUCUCAGAGUGGUAGAUAAAGAGGUGACCAGUGUGGAUGAACAGCUGCUUAAUUUCAUUAACUUAGAAGAACUAGUUUUAAGCGCUAAUAAAAUUACAAAUGCAUCAUCCUCCAGCCUCCCACAGACUUUAAAGGUGCUGGAGCUUGGAUCAAAUCAAAUUUCAACCUUGAAGGAUCUCACUGUAAACCCACCUCCUAAGUUGCAGCAUCUGGGUCUUGCCUACAACAGGAUUCAGCAUCCUUCUGAGAGCAAAUAUUUUACUGAAGAGUUCUGGCCAAACUUAGUUUCACUUGACUUAAGUUUCAAUGACCUCACAGAUAUUUUUGACCUGGUCCCCAAUCUGUGCAGCUUGCAGCAUCUCCGUAUUCUCGUCUUGCAGGGAAACCCCCUAACUUUUAUUCCUGCUUACCGAGGAUUUACUAUAGACAGCCUCCCUUUAUUGUUUGCACUUGAUGAUGUUCCUAUAUUGCCUGAUGAGAGACAUCAGUUCAGUGGACUAUUAAACCAAAAAGGAGCUCUUGAGAAAUCAGCAAUGGUGCUAGUAAACAUUGGGAAACUACGAGGAAUUCCCAAUCCAACAAAUUUUUUAGAAGCUCAAGAUCCAGGGGAAUAUCCUAUAAUUACAUACAAUUAUUAUGUGUCCUAUGAAUUCAUUGAGCAAGAGACCAGCAAAGAGGUGGAACACGUUCAAACAGCUGUGCCAAUAUUCUCGAAAACUGUGAAACAUCCACCAGGGACACUGAGCUCUCUUCUUCCUCAGACUCCAUUUCAUACAGGUGCCUAUAAGACCAGUGAAGUGCCUUGGCUUGAUGUCAUUGACACUGGAUAUAAUAGAAAGCAUGAGGUGAGAGAUCUGCUAGCUCUGAAGUCUUUUCUUCUGUCUGGAAUGAUGGUUACAGUUACAGAGGAAAAGACUUAUUGCUGGCCUGUGGAUCACAAUAAAACUGCUGUUCCUAAGUCUGCCAAAAAAGGAGAGAAGGAGAAAGACAAAGGUAGACCUAGUUCCAAGGGUAGUAAAGCUGGUACAAAGACCAAAAACAAAAAAGAAAAUUUAGAUGAAUUUCAAAGAGAUCCUCCUAUCCUGAAGACUCUUGGUUUUGCCCAUGUAAACCUAGAUAGUCUUGUUUCGGGAGAAAUGUCAGUGUCUACCAUUUGUAACUUGGAAAUGUGUUCUACUGAACCUGAGAAACAACCAAUUGUGAUUGAUAAGGAAGGUAAAAAAAGCAAAGAUAGAAAGAAAAGUGGAAGGGAAAGUGUGGAUACGCAUAAAAAUUCAGCAUCUUCUGCAGGGAAAACCAAAACCAAAGUUACUUCUGAGAUCAGUCCCACAGAAGAGCAGCAGGUGCCGCCUGAGCCAGUACCACUUACUUUAGAAAUCCAAAUCCAAAUCAUUCGUUUGAGUUCAGCCUCAGAAGCCCAACUGAAACAUGGGAAAUUGGAAGGGUUUAUCCAUAAACCUGAAUGUAAAUAGUAACUGUUCUGCUCAAGCAUUUGUCAAUAUUUUCAAAGUUACAAAUUAUUAUUAUUGUUGUUAUUAUAUCAGUGAUAUCUCAAUAAAUUACACUGUUGCACUGAA